GACUCCGAGUAAAUGGAGUAAAUGAGCGAGAACCGAAGAAAAUUCGUUUUCAGCGAGAAAUUAGUUCAAUUUUUAGCCUGAACAUUGAUAGAGUCGUUAUCCACAUUACGAAGAAACUACCAAGCAAUAUUUAAGUGUGAUAUUUAUGGCCUCUAGGAUGUAUUUGGACAGUUAUCUGGACACUGCUUAAAGAAAGAUGAAUCACUCUACCGAGUCAAGGAUUGGGGAAAUCUUUUCUUUCUCAGGUAUUGAGAAUCUCCCCUUUGAGCUUCAAAGAAAUUUUACCUUAAUGAAAGAUUUAGAUAUAAGAACACAAGAUUUGAUGAAAGAGAUUGACAGUUUAUCAGAAGAUUAUGUGUCCAGUGUUCGCAAUAUGGACUCAGGAGAAAGAACAGAUCAUUUAAAGAAAAUAGAAGUAGCCUUCUCUAAAAGCAAAGAGUAUGUGGAUGAUAAAGUACAGCUGGCAAUGCAGACAUAUGAAAUGGUUGAUAAACACAUUAGAAAAUUAGAUUCUGAUUUAGCAAGAUUUGAAUGUGACUUAAAGGAGCAAAAAGCCAAAGAAUCUGGUAUCUCUGAAUAUGAAGAGGAAGUUACUCCACCCAAAAGAGGAAGAGGGAGAACAAGCAAAAAGAAAGACAGUGAACCAAARAAGAAAAAAAAGAGAGAUUCAAGUCCUGUAAAAACACUUGGAGUUACUGCAACAUUAUUUUCCCCUGAAGUUGUCCAAGUUCUUGAUAUGCCUGUCGACCCUAAUGAACCUACAUACUGUAUCUGCCAUCAGGUAUCAUAUGGAGAAAUGAUUGGCUGUGACAAUAUAGAAUGUCCAAUAGAGUGGUUUCACUUCCCGUGUGUUGGACUUACAGCAAAACCGAAGGGAAAGUGGUAUUGUCCAAAGUGCGCUCAAGAGAGAAAAAAGAAAUAAUGACUAUUUUAUGUAUAUACAAUUCGAGACCAUCACGACCACUCAUGGAGGAUAUCCAAGAAUUGUUUCAUAUUUCAUCAAGGGAAGGGACACUCGCAUACCGUAUAACUURCAUUUCGCUAACAAGGACAAUGGCGGACAGUGUUUCUUAUCGGGUUUAGACCGUAUACGCGACUGGAUAUUAUUAUACAUGCAUCAGGAGUUUCGGAUAACCAUGCGUUCGCCAUCUUGAAAAUUGUAUAACUCCUAAAGAAAUUAACAGGUUCUUAGCUAAUGUCAAGUUACAUUUCUGGACCUUUAUGUUUGAUUGAUUGACUUAGCAACUACGAAAUGUUUUCCAAGGCACAACAUAGUGAUUCGGGUCUAAAUUUUGUGGUUACUCCAGUCUGAAGGACAGAGUAAACCGCUAUGUCAGCAUGUCGUGUAAGGAAGGUAGCAUGUCCGUAGCAAUGACGUCAUACUCAAAUAAUUCUCGUUUGUUCAUGAGGGUUGAAUUCAUUUCCGUUUGGCGAAGCACAUGGCUGCCCUGAAAACAUAAAAACUUGACUCUAUAAUGUCAAAAUUGUUGCCAAAUAUAGAAUUUAAUUUGUAAACUCAUACCCGUCUUUUACUCGAAAUUUGGCCAACCCUGAAAAUUUUACAGCCAUUUUCAAAUGCUAUUGAUUUUUGCUUAUUCUUAGAAAUUCAUUUGCAAUAUGGUAAAAAAAAACAGAUACUUGUAGAUAUUUAGAUCAACCUCCAAGUAUGUAAAGACUAAAUCACUUCCAAUUAGCAAAAACCAACAGCAUUGAGGGUACAGACGAGCUUCAAGGAUUGUAAGGAAUGGAAGCCGGCAUAUAACAACUGAGAUCUGAAUCUCUCAAUUUGUUUGUUUUGUUUUGUUUUGUUGUGUUUUUUUUUUCUAAAUACAGGGAAAAUAAAAUGUGGUCCUCACCCAUAAAUCCGCACCUGACAUCUUGCGAAUCAGAGAAUAGAAUUAAAAGUGAUAAAUGCAAUUUUUGUUGGCUGUGCUUUUUUUUCUGGCAGUUCAUUCUAUUUGGAGUAACCAAAAGCGCUCUUUGAUUGCCUUUAAUCCAAGGUGGCGGACACAUUGUUCUUCGAAAAACCUGAUGCAUGUCAUUUUUUUUUCUUUUUUUUUUUCGUUCAUAACUAUUGUAUAAUGAUCAUAAAACCAAAGUUCUGUUUUUAUUGUGUAAAAAAUAGGUUUUUAUAACAUAUCACUGGCAUAUUUUUUUCAUGGCAUAUUCACUCGCUAAAAUAAACGGGAUACACAAAGCCACUCGUUAGCUUGGUCCCAGAACCGUCUGAAAACAUCAUACCCAGAGCCCGCACUUUUGACAUCCAGUGGAAGGCAUACUGACAUUUAGCCGAAAAUACUCUGGCCUCGACAUUGAAAACAUCAAACCAUGUAUUUUCUGAAUGUUAGUUGGAAAGAGUAUGAAAUGAUUUCCGAUUAAUAAAGCAUUAUUAUUAUUAUUAU